AUGUGGAAGAAAAAGAUCAUGAAAAGCCUUGGAGCAAAGCGUGUGCGAAACUGCCAUCGAUGGACGGAACUACCAGAUGACGUUAUAAUAUCAAUACUCUCACGGUUGACAACCUUCGACAUCCUGACGAGCGUUCCGAUGGUGUGCAAGGUGUGGUUCAACAUCUGUAAGAAUCCUCUCAUGUGGCGCACCAUUGACAUGCGAGGACUCUUAGUCAAGAGCAAUCGUGAGAUAUAUCUCUUAACCAUGAAGUACGAUUUGAAGAAGAUGUGUCGACACGCGGUUGAUAGCAGCUGUGGUAAUUUGGUCGAGGUCAAGUUAGACGACUUCAACGACGCCGCUACUGUCCUUGAGUAUAUCGCUGAUAGUUCGAGUAGAAUUAGAAGUCUCCGACUCGUGAAUUCUGCUGUGGAACUGGGGAAAGUGGCUUCAAAGCUUCCAUUGUUGGAGCACCUUGAAAUUUCAUUGAGAAAUAACGACGACGCUCUUGCAAUAGCAGGAACCAUGCAUGGCUUGCAGCACCUCCAAAUUAUCGGAAAUUUGCUGACGGACGGAGGCUUGCGAAAAAUUCUUGACUGUUGUCCUCGUCUCGUGUCGCUUGACCUGCGCUGUUGUUUCAAUCUUGACCUUGACGGAGAUUUGAGAAUGAGAUGUGCUGAAGGAAUCAGAACAUUGUGGCUACCUGAAGAUUCCAUUGCUGACUAUGAAUUUUCUGAAUCAGCUAUAGACAACUACCUUCAUCCCGACUCAGGUCCUUGGUAUAGAAGGUUUAUUCCGACUCAGGGUAUAAUGAUUACGAUUACGAUUACGAUUAUGAUAUCCUACAUGUAA